AUGCCCGAAGAUGGCGUUCCGCUUACACCAUCCGCGAACCUCCUUUCCACCUCGGAAGUCGAGCGACUCGCUGCGCUCUUUGUCUCGCAGGGCGUCAACAAGAUCCGUCUCACUGGCGGAGAACCUACAGUGCGCUCAGAUCUGCCUCAAAUCGUCGCAUCGCUCAACUCACUCAAGCAGCAUGGCCUCGAACAGAUUGGUAUCACCACCAACGGCAUCGCGCUCGGCAGACGCAAGCUGGAUAAGCUCGUGCAAAAUGGGCUGACUCAUUUGAAUGUCUCGCUCGACACGCUCGAUCCGUUCAAAUUCGAGUUCAUGACCAGAAGAAGAGGUCACGAAGCUGUCAUGGACUGUAUCCAUAGGGCACUUGCGCUGGGCAUGCCGAGUGUCAAGAUUAAUGUGGUCGUCAUCAAAGGACUCAACGACACCCAGGACGUCGUCGAUUUUGUCCGCUUUACCAAGGACAAGCCUAUCACCAUCCGAUUCAUCGAGUACAUGCCUUUCGACGGAAACAAAUGGCAAGUGCAAAAGCUUGUCCCUUAUCGCGACCUUGUCAAGACGAUCCAGGCGGAAUUCCCCACCUUUGAACGUGUCGCCAAUCGCGACGACCCCAACGAUACUUCCAAGCACUGGCAUGUACCCGGUCAUCUUGGUACUGUCGGCUUCAUCACAAGUAUGACGGACAAUUUUUGUGGUACGUGCAACAGACUCCGCAUCACUGCGGAUGGUAAUCUCAAGGUUUGUCUCUUUGGCAAUUCUGAAGUCAGCCUCCGCGACGCUAUGCGAACAGGCUUCGGUCCCAUCGGCUCAUUCAGCACAGGCUCCAAUGGCGAGCCAGCGACAGAUGAGCACCUUUUGCAGCUCAUUGGAGCCGCCGUCGGUCGCAAGCAUGCCAAGCAUGCUGGAAUGCGCGACCCCACCGAGCUCGCCAAGUCGCUCAACAGACCUAUGAUUACCAUCGGCGGCUGA